GGAGAGCAGCCGCGGGCCGCCAUCUUGGCGCUGCGAGGGGCGGGGCGCCGGCGGGCGGAGUUUCGGUGGCCUUUCUGGUGGGGUGGGACGGCUUGAGGCUUAAGUCAGACUGAGGUGUGGGCUUCCCUGGCCGAGGGGGGCAGCAGCCGUUCAUGCCUGGUACACUGUGAACUCCUGAGAUAAUUAACUGACAACAGUUCUAUUUGUACAAUCUCACACCCCUAAGAAGAAAGAAAAUGGCCUGUGCUGAGUUUCCAUUUCAUGUGCCAAAUCUACAGGAGCUGGCUGCAGUUAUGCAGAAGGGGCUAAAAGAGAAUUUUGCUGAUGUCCAGGUAUCUGUAGUUGAUUGCCCCGAUUUGACUAAGGAACCAUUUGCCUUUCCUGUAAAAGGCAUCUGUGGGAAAACUAGAAUUGCAGAAGUGGGAGGUGUGCCUUACUUAAUGCCUCUUGUAAACAAAACAAAAGUUUAUGACCUGAACAAGAUUGCAAAAGAAAUCAAACUGCCUGGAGCAUUUAUUCUUGGAGCAGGGGCAGGCCCAUUUCAAACUCUUGGGUUCAAUUCUGAGUUCAUGCCAAUUGUUCAAGCAGAAAGUGAACACAGACCUGCUGUGAAUGGAAGUUACUUUGCUUGCAUUAACCCUGCAGAUGGAGGAUGUCUACUAGAGAAAUACAGUGAGAAGCAUGAUGAUUUUGGGUGUGCAUUACUAGCCAAUCUUUUUGCCAGUGAGGGCAAACCUGGCAAGGUCAUUGAGGUGAAAGCCAAAAGAAGAACUGGACAACUUAAUUUUGUAACUUGCAUGAGACAGACUCUGGAGAAACAUUAUGGAGACAAACCUGUAGGAAUGGGAGGCACUUUCAUUAUUCAGAAUGGAAAAAUAAAGGCUCACAUCAUGCCUGGAGAAUUUUCUACCUGCCCAUUGAACUCUGAUGAAGAUGUGAAUAAAUGGUUGCAUUUUUAUGAGAUGAAGGCUCCUUUGGUUUGUCUACCAGUUUUUGUCUCCAGAGAUCCAGGAUUUGAUCUGCGACUGGAGCACACUCAUUUUUUCAGUAACCAUGGAGAAGGUGGACACUACCAUUAUGACACCACCCCUGACACAGUAGAAUAUCUGGGAUACUUUGUACCUGCAGAAUUUCUCUAUCGCAUUGAUCAGCCAAAAGAGACCCACUCUGUUGGCCGAGAUUAAAUCUUUUAAGGUUAAUAAACUGUCACUUUUCAGCCUUUUGGCUAAGAUCAAGUGUAAGGUUAACUAACUAACUCAACUAAUACCAAUUUACAAUCCAGUGGAAAUGGCCUUAUUCCUAAACACUACUCUUUUUUGGGCUUGAAAAUGAAGACGUAUAUUGACACUGUAUUCUGAAUUAUUUCAUAGUUCUGUCAGAUUAUUGGAAACAGUGAUACAUAGUUGAAAUGUCUUUUGCAUAUAUACCUUUAUUGAACCAACUUCCUUUUUCUACUGGCAUGAUAUUAACACAAUGUUUUGUUUUUGCCUGUAAAGUGAUCCAGAAUCAUCUAGUUAUUCCUACUGUUUUACAGUAAUAAUUUACAUUUAUAUAACAUUAUUGCAUUUUUGGAUUCACAGUUAAUGAAUAUUCUGGAUAAUAAGAAGAAAACUAUUAAUAAUACUGACUUUUAAAAAUCUGUCCUAGAACUAGUUUCUUCAUGGAGCAAGGUAGACAGGGUAGAAUUCACCCUUUGGGGGAAGUUAAGCUCUACCCAGUAGUUUGCAAUUUUCUUUUGACAAACAUCAGCAAAUAGUUAGCUAUGAUUUUUCCCAUUACUGGAUUGCCAGUUGAAAAUAGUGUUUGUUGGUUAUUUGCAAGAAGAAAAAGGAAAAAACAUCAAAUAAAAUACUAACAUGACCACAUAAGGGACAAUCAAAAAGUUCAUAGAAAAUGCACUUGUGAAAAUUUAUGCAUAGAUCUUAAAUUUUUUGCACCAAAAUAAACUUAUCCUUUAAUUCCAUUUUCCACAAACUUUUUGAAUUUCCCUUGUAUUUUAUAAUCAGGGCUAUUGCUAACAUGUCUUUUUUCAACAUAAAAUUGUGUUAUUUUACUGAUUGUAAUGGUUGAAAUUUUCCUUAUUGGUCUGUACAAAUUAUUAGCAGGAAAUCAAUUCUAAUCUUGAUAAUGUCAGUAAUAUGCAAAUGAGCACCUUAGUAUUAUGCAUACAAAAAUACAAUUUGUGAUGGUCUUUAUAA